AUGGCCUAUCAGUCCGCCGACGUGGUUGCGGCGUUGGACAUGAUCCGCCGGGCCGUCGCCGCCGACGACGACUUGACCCAGCUCUUCUCCGAAUGGAGUGGGCUGGAACGUCGCGCCUUGGCCGCGGCGAUCAAUAGCCCCGGCGCGGCCCCAGGCCCCGUCGUGUAUGGCGAUUCAUUGAGGGUCUCUCCGGCGAGUGUUGGUGGAGCAGCAGCAGCGGCGCAGUCGGCGCCGUCGGACGACCCGUGCCCGGAACCUCCUGUCGACAGGCAGCAAGCGCCUCCCUCGGCGCACGCAGGAGGUUCCGGGGCACCGUCGUCCCCGGCAGAGCUUCCGCCGGCUGGUAAGCCUAUCCGCAGAAGCCCACCCGCCCGGCGCCGUCGGUUCCAAAAGGCGGUCCGCCGCAGAUGUGGGACCAGCUGGGCUGGGCUGGCCUACAAGCACCACCUCCCGACGGCAGAGGAGUACUACCGGCGAUAUUCGACGGUGCUGCCGGACCGCAUCACCCCGUCGACGGUGAUCCCGACGGUCGCGCCGGCAGCACCGCCGGCCCCAUCAAGGACUUCGGUGCCGGCGCCCGUCGACUACCAGGACCGCAUCGCCGAGGAGCUUCGCCGGCAGUUUGCGGACGAGUCGCGGCAGCAGCGCACCGUCGAGCCCCAGGUCAAGGCGAUGCCAGCAGCGCCGGCACCGUCGCCGCCGGCUCAGUCGGGAGCAUCUCGCAGGGCACCCACACCGACGCCGCGAGAGAUGUAUCCCGACGCGGAUCCGAUUACUGGCGCCGGCUUCCCAAUCCUUCCCCGGCGGCCGGGGCAGAACGCCUCUCCCGCCGAGCUCGAGCGCCACAGGCGCGAGUACCGGCGUCUGGCUCACUUCCGCCGGAUGCUUUGCUCGCAGGAGUGGCGCGACCACGUCGAGCUGAUGGGCAAGUCCGGCGUGCGGUCCGACGUGCCGCUGCCGGAGCCGCUCCGGCCCCUCACCGUCGCCAACCUGAGGACAUCGAGAGGGCCGCCGCCGACGGCUCCGGCCACAGCCAUGGUACCGGCGGCCGCCGCAGCGGCUUACUAUGUUCUGCGAGCGCUGCCGCCCGGCGUCCGGGGAGGCCGCAUUCCGGAGAAGAUCCCCGGCGAGAUUUGGUGUGUUGGGUGGUGUGGGCACCCGUGCACCAACGGUCGCUGCCGCGGCAUUCCCGGCAGAUGCCUCCGUCCGGUUUUGAUUCGGGCCGGCGGCACCGUCGACUUGGAUCGCCACGACCACCAUGAGUGCGAGGACUGCCACGAGCAGGGCCCCCGUCGCUAUCUCACCGUCGCCGUCUUCUACAGGGUCGACUUCACCGACGGCCUUGUCGCUGGCGACGUGGGAAUUGAAGCUUCAGGGGGUGCGUCGGGCCCGACUCAGAGCCAAGCAGGCGCCACCGGCGCGAGAAAGGAGGGAGGCCGUCGCAGUGCAGCCGGCGCACGCCUAGGCACCCUUUGGCCCCAUGCGGCCCCGCCGUGGACAGACGGCGGACUUCGGCCGGCUAGUGAGGGCAUUCGUCGAGCUGGGGGCAUCCACCAUUUGCCCCUGUUGCCGACGGCGGGCGCCGUGGACGUCGACUCCGCCCUUGCACGGGCCUCGGCGUUGGUCACAGCUGGCGUCCCGGCCACAGUCCUCGAGGCACUCGCCGGUUGGAGGAAGGACAUUCCGCUCAGGAGGGACACCCGUCGAGCGUGCAAACGCACCGCCUUUGAAGCAGCCCUCCCGGAGAACAGGGAGGCGGCGCUGGCGGAAAUCGACGAAAACAUCCUGGCGAAGUCGUCCCAGGCACCCUUCCAGUCGAGAGUCCGCACGUGGCAGGAAGCGUGCGAGACUUGGGCCGUCGCUCCCUGGCCCAUUUCGGCGGAGGCGGUGCGGAAAGUUGCCGCCACCUUCCGUCGAGGCGGUUACCGCUCCGUCCAGAACUAUUUCGACGCCGCCGUGUCAUACCAGGAAUACAGUUUCGCGGCCAUAUUCGCCGUCGACCGCCUGGUGGCCCUGGUCUCCAGGGUGGACCCGCCGGGAUCCGACGCGUGGAGCCCGUGGGUCACGGCACACGCCGUCGAUGCCCUCAUCCUGGCGGACAUUGACGUCGCCGACGGCACCGUCGCCCUCCGGCUUCCCCUGCACAAGACCGCGACCGGCGGCGAGGUCGAGCUGACCCAACGCCAGCUACGGUGCGCCUGCGGGGCAACCGUGGCGCCGUUGUGCCCCUACCACGCGGCGCUCCGCCAUGUCUCCCGCCUUCGGCGUGCCGGACGGUGGGUGCGUGGGGCACCCCUGUUCCCCGACGGGACCGGUGACACCUGGGAGAAGUCAGAGGCCGUCCUCUUCUUCCGGCGGGUCUUGCUGGCGGCGGGGAUCCAGCUGACCACCACGGACCACAACGGCGCCACCGUCCAGCUCUUCAACGGCCAUCUGGCACGGGUGGCCGGCGCAGCGUGGCUGGCGUCCAAGGGCGUCAACACGCCCAUCAUCCAGUUGCUGGGCCGCUGGUCCUCGGCCGCCGUCGAGCGGUACGUCCAGGCGGCCUCGGAGGCCACGGCUCCACCGGCUCUCGGCCAUCAGCCGCCGCUGGCCCUGGAGGAUGGAGAGCCGGCGCAGGAGGAAACGCCGCCGCGCGAGGACCACUCCCCGACGGUCGCGUUUGAGCCCGGCCCCGUCAGACCGGAGACGGUGAAGCAGGUCGCCGUCGCGCCGCCGGAGCACCUCAUUUACAAUGAGCGGCAAAAACGGGCUCACGCCCCUGAUCCGACGGAGGCCUCGUCGGACCGCUUUCUGUGGAAAGCGUGCUUUCCGAAGGCCCCGUCGGCUGACGGUGUCGGGUCGCCGACGGAGGAGGCAGCCUCCCCGGUGGCAUCUAGCUCAGAUUCCGACGGCAUCUUGUUGUCGUGCCGCAGCCCGCCUUUGACCGCACCGCCCUUCAUCCCCGCCGGCCCUCUCGUCGUGAUCAUGGCUAUGGGUCCGCAGCUCGUCGCCGACGUCCUGACCGACUUCGACGACCUCGCCACGUCGGCGGGGGCGGGUCCGGACCUCGUCGAGUACCUGAAGGCGCGGUCUCUCAACCGCACGGCGACCCUCGCCCUCGUCGCUGACGAGUGGUCCGAUGUGGACGCGAGGGUCUUCCAGCCGUUCCGCGACGGCGACGAGAUCGCCGGGAAGACAUACAAAGCGACGCCGGCGGAGCAGCCCGUCGUCCGGGCGAUCAUCCGCCACAUGUGGUCGGAGGCCCGGCGGCAGUGGAACGAGUUCUCCACCCCUACGCCAACACCGUCGACGGCUGCACCGCCGCCGGCCACCCUGCCGACGAUGGUCGGCGAGAAGCCGCCGCGGACCUUCCCGGAGUGGACCGACCUCGUCGCCCGCUACAACGCCGUCCAGCUCGGAGGUGAGCCCCGCUCGUUCCCGGCGGAGCGCCUCGUCGGAGCCGAGGAGGUGCUCGCCAGGAUCCACUGGGAGCACACCAAGUCCAAGCUCUACACGCCGCUCGGCCUCGGCGAGAUCCUGGCGGCCGUCGUCGCCUACUGGGACGCCACGGCGCACCAGCUCGCCAUGUCCAUGCGCCUCGCCCGGACCUUCGAGGAGGUGACCUCGGCGAUCAUGGCGGACCAGACGAGGCACUCCAGUCCGCCGCCAAGCCCGGCCCGCCUAAAAGACCGCAAGGGGAAGGGCCGAGGCCGCCAGCCCCAUCGCCGCCCCGAGAAGCAGCGCCGCCAGGAGCAGGACUGGGAGGACGACGGCGCCAACAAGGACUGGGGUCGCGAUCACUACGACGACCGGCGCCAGCCCCAGAACCGCUGGAAGCAGACCGGCCGCGACGAGGGUCGCGACCAGGGCUGGCGCCAGUCCUGGGGCCGCGGCCGUCAGGACCAGUGGGACCAGGACGAUCGUCGCCAUGGGAAGGUACCCGGGAGCCACUGUGCUAGUACCGUCGUCCGACCGGCACUCAAGCGCACCCGGCGUGCGCCCAAAAUCAUCCUACUUUCGUUCUUUGACGGGAUCGGUGCGGCCCCGGCGCUGGUGGAAAAUCUUUUCGGCCAGCCUACCCUGGCGCUGGCGUGGGAGAUUGACGCCACUUGCCGACGGCUGGCGUCGGCGAGGCUGCCGUGGCUGGUCCACAGAGGCGACGUCACAUCGGAGUCGCCCGGCUCCGUCGCGGCGGCGAUCAGGAAGGCCGACCCGACGGGUGAGUGCACCGUGGUUGUCACCGCCGCCCCGCCGUGCCAAGACUUUUCGAGGAUCGGCCCGGCGACCGGCCACGCGGGCGAGAGGGGGAGCCUUUUCCUCCUCACCGUCGACAUGUUCAACCAGAUCCUCGCCGACCUCUCCGACCGGCGGGUGGCGUUCCUCUUCGAGAACGUCGUGAUGGAGCCCGCCGACGCCGCCAAGAUCAGCGACGCCCUCGGCGUGCAGCCGGUCCUGGUCUGCGGGUCGGAUUUCGGCUGGAUUUCCAGGCCCCGACUAUGGUGGAUGUCGGCGGACCUGACCGGCGCCCUGGUGGAUCCGGCGUCGGGCCGACCGCUUCAUUGGUCGAAGCAAGGCUCGUACCGCCGACUCCGGCUCGAGGCCCCGAGAUAA